AUGGCCUUCUCUGUACUGCCUCACGAGGGACAUCUCCUCAAGAUCCUCCUUGUGUUGGCUUCUUUCCUGCUUACUCCAGCAAGUCCUGCUGCUGUUGAGUCUCAUAUCAGAGUCUUCUCCAUCGAGGAGCCAGACAGCCCUCAAGAAGCCCCAUCAGCAUCUAUGGACUUCCCAUCACAAUAUCAAAAGCGAGAUGGAUCAUGCCCAAUAUCCGGUGAUCAUUGGUGCGGCAACGACCUUCCUGGGGACUUCUGCUGUUCCUCAAAAUCCGUCUGCAAGGUGCUUGCUGCAAACACUACCACCCUGUGUUGCCCGAAGAAUUCCAAGGGUGAAUGCGAGGUCAUAAUGCCUAUCACCUGUCAAAUCGAGAGACAGAACCCAUUGACGAAUCCGCAAGCUGAGGUCAAGUCACUGGCACUUAAUCAAGAACUAAAACGAUGUGGGAGCAAAAGUGGGAAGAAGAGGUGCUGCCCCUUUGGAUACAGCUGCAGAAAUGACAAGGAGUGCGUACUAGACGAAGACCAAGAUGAAAGCUACGCCUUUCUUUUACCCGUUCCCGAGUAUUCGUCGACAUCAUCUCCGGCUGCAACGUCCACAACGGCAUCCUCUGUAACAUCAGAUAUUCUUGCAAUCGAAACAUCAGAGGCUCCCGGCAAGGCCGUACAACCACCGUCUGCUAGUGCCGCAGCCCCAGAAAAGGAACCAUCUGUCCCAGAAGGCGAAGGUGGAGAUGAAGAUGAGGAGAAUAAGAAAAGUGGUGGCAUCAGUCCAACAGGGGUAGUAACUGCUGGCACUGUUGCUGGCGUCUGCUGCAUUGCAGGAAUAGGCAUAUUUGUUUGGAUGAAGUGGUUCCGAAAGAAGAGAACCGACGACACCCCAAACAUGUCACUUACUCGAGAGUCGUGGGGAUACUUUUCCAACAGGAGUUCGCCGGCCACUCGACAUCUUCACGUCGCUCGUGGCCCUGAUGACAAAUUCAUUGUCACGCCGACCACGGCUGGUUUUGCCCCGGUCGUGGAAGAAAAGAACAGUCCUGUGGAGCUUCCUGCAACUCCGGUGUCGCUCUGCAUGUGGUCUGGUUUUGAGAAUGCUGCUGUGGAGGAGCCAAAGUUGGCAUAUGUUGUCCCUGCAAAACAACGAACGUGA